AUGGCACAAGCUGCCAAACACCUUCGUAAGAACAAGGAUUUAGAGGCUCUUGCUGAGCAAGAGAGGAAAGAAAAGGAGGAGGAAAGAGUGAAGAAGAGGAGUCGCUCACGGGACAAAAAGCGUAAGGCCCACGCUGUUCACCGCUGGCUAAUCGAUCAGGACAAUAGUGUGAACUCUGAGCCGCCGGAUGGCCAGGGAGUGUGGCACUAUGAUGAAACAACUGAUGCUGCUACCAGUUUCCUACGUGCUGCCCGCUCAGGUAACCUGGAAAAGGCUCUAGACCACAUCAAGAAUGGUGUUGAUAUUAACACAGCCAAUCAGAAUGGACUCAAUGGAUUACAUUUGGCCUCAAAAGAAGGUCAUGUUAAAAUGGUGCUGGAACUACUGCACAAUGGCAUUGUACUGGAGACUACAACAAAGAAAGGCAACACUGCCCUCCACAUUGCUGCAUUGGCUGGACAAGAGCAAGUGGUCACAGAGCUAGUUAACUAUGGAGCUAAUGUCAAUGCCCAGUCCCAGAAGGGCUUCACUCCACUCUAUAUGGCAGCACAAGAGAAUCAUCUAGAGGUCGUGAAGUUCCUCUUGGACAAUGGAGCCAAUCAGAGCAUUCCAACUGAGGAUGGCUUUACUCCAUUAGCUGUGGCUCUUCAGCAGGGUCAUGAGAAUGUAGUGGCCCUGCUAAUCAAUCAUGGCACCAAGGGAAAGGUUCGCCUCCCUGCGCUGCACAUAGCAGCACGCAAUGAUGACACUCGCACUGCUGCUGUGCUUUUGCAGAAUGAUCCCAAUCCUGAUGUACUAAGCAAGACAGGCUUCACGCCACUCCAUAUUGCAGCACACUAUGAGAAUGUGAACAUUGCCCAGCUGCUGAUAAACAGAGGAGCCAAUGUGAACUUCACUCCCAAGAAUGGGAUUACACCUUUGCACAUUGCAUCCAGGAGGGGGAACGUGGUCAUGGUCAGGCUUCUGCUGGACCGUGGAGCAACAAUUGAUGCCAAGACUAAAGAUGAGCUGACUCCACUUCACUGUGCUGCCAGAAAUGGUCAUGUUAGAAUAAUUGAGAUCCUGCUGGACCAAGGAGCCCCCAUACAAGCCAAGACCAAAAAUGGUCUCUCUCCAAUCCACAUGGCGGCUCAGGGGGACCACAUGGACUGUGUGAGACAGCUCUUGCAGUAUAAUGCUGAGAUUGAUGAUAUAACACUAGACCACCUGACACCUCUACAUGUGGCAGCACAUUGUGGACAUCACCGUAUGGCCAAAGUGCUACUAGACAAAGGAGCCAAGCCAAACACCCGUGCACUGAAUGGCUUCACACCUCUCCACAUAGCCUGUAAGAAGAAUCACAUUCGUGUCAUGGACCUACUCUUAAAACACUCCGCGUCCUUGGAAGCUGUGACAGAGUCAGGGCUAACCCCACUUCAUGUGGCCUCCUUCAUGGGUCAUCUGAACAUAGUGAAGAUCCUGCUGCAAAAAGGAGCCUCUCCAAAUGCUUCAAAUGUGAAAGUGGAAACACCCCUGCACAUGGCAUCCCGAGCAGGUCACUGUGAAGUCGCAGAGUUUCUGCUGCAAAAUGCGGCUCCAGUAGAUGCCAAAGCCAAGGACGACCAGACCCCUUUGCACUGCGCUGCCCGCAUGGGUCACAAAGAACUAGUGAAGCUCCUGCUGGAGCACAAGGCCAAUCCAAAUUCUACUACCAUGGCUGGACACACUCCACUGCACAUCGCUGCCAGAGAGGGGCACACACAGACUGCCCGGAUCCUCCUUGACAUGAAUGCCCAGCAGACCAAGAUGACGAAAAAAGGCUUUACUCCUCUCCAUAUGGCUGCAAAAUAUGGAAAGGUGGAUGUGGCAGAGUUGCUUCUUGAGAGAGGGGCAAACCCCAAUGCUGCAGGCAAGAAUGGACUCACGCCAUUGCAUGUAGCUGUCCAUCACAACAACCUGGAUGUGGUAAACUUACUCGUUAGCAAGGGCGGAUCUCCACACAGUGCAGCAAGAAAUGGCUACACUCCUCUCCACAUUGCCUCCAAGCAAAACCAGUUGGAGGUGGCCAACAGCCUGCUGCAGCAUGGAGCCUCCGCCAACGCUGAAUCCUUACAGGGAAUCACACCACUGCAUUUGGCUUCCCAGGAGGGUCAAGCAGACAUGGUUUCACUACUCAUUUCCAAGCAGGCCAAUGUGAACCUGGGCAACAAGAGUGGCCUGACCCCACUACACCUUGUUGCCCAAGAGGGUCAUGUGGGCAUUGCUGACAUCCUGGUGAAACAGGGGGCAUCCGUAUAUGCUUCCACACGGAUGGGCUACACUCCACUUCAUGUGGCUUGUCAUUAUGGCAACAUAAAAAUGGUUAAGUUCCUUCUGCAGCAGCAGGCAAAUGUCAACAGCAAGACAAGGGCGGGAUAUACACCCCUUCAUCAGGCUGCCCAACAGGGCCACACUGACAUUGUGACAUUGCUUCUGAAACAUGGUGCACAACCAAAUGAAAUUACUACUAAUGGUACUUCCGCACUGGCUAUUGCAAAACGUCUCGGCUAUAUUUCUGUAAUUGAUGUCCUCAAGCUGAUUACUGAAGAAACUGUGACCAUGUCGACCACCGAAAAACAUCGAAUGAGUUUUCCUGAGACAGUUGAUGAGAUCUUGGAUGUGUCCGAGGAUGAAGGAAUUGCACAGCUAACGCUAGGCGAGGAGCUGCAGGGAACAGAUCCUGCCAGGUAUUUGAAGAUGGACAGCAUGAGGGACCGUGAUGACGAUUUCCUUUCCUCCAACACAGUCACAGAAAACUACUCACCUGCUAUUCCAAGGAUCCCCUGUGUCUCUCCUGAAACCAUCAUGCUCAAAGAACAUGAAAUGGAGCAGCAGCACACUCCAAUGCCCAAAGAGUAUGAUGAGGACUCUCUGAUUCCCAGCAGUCCAGCCACAGAGACCUCAGAUAAUGUCAGUCCAGUGGCCAGCCCUAUCCACACUGGCUUCUUGGUUAGCUUCAUGGUGGAUGCACGAGGUGGCUCAAUGAGAGGAAGCAGACACAACGGUUUGCGCGUUAUCAUACCACCACGAACAUGUGCAGCCCCAACGCGCAUCACUUGCCGCCUGGUGAAGCCCCAGAAGCUCCCCACUCCACCUCCUCUGGUGGAGGGUGAGGGUUUAGCUAGCCGAAUCAUCUCACUGGGUCCGGCUGGCAUGCAGUUUUUGGGACCGGUGAUUGUGGAGAUCCCUCAUUUUGCAGCACUCGGUCGGGGAGACAGGGAGCUGGUGGUCUUAAGGAGUGAAAAUGGCUCUGUCUGGAAGGAGCAUCGGAACCGUUAUGGUGAUGAAGUUUUGGAGACUAUCCUCAAUGGCAUGGAUGAAGAUUUAGAAAGUCAGGAGGAGCUUGGGAAGAAGCGCAUCAGGCGCAUCAUCUCCACUGAUUUCCCACUUUACUUUGCUGUGGUCUCUCGUAUCCAACAAGAGAGUGACCUGAUUGGCCCUGAGGGGGGGCGUCUGACCAGUAAAAUUCUGCCAUUGGUUCAGGCCAGUUUCCCUGAGACGUCCGUCACCAAGCGGGUUCGCCUUGGACUGCAGGCCCAGCCGGUCCCUGACGAGCUGGUGGCCAAGCUGCUGGGGAACCAGGCCACCUUCAGCCCUGUGGUGACAGUGGAGCCGAGGCGCCGUAAGUUCCAUCGACCCAUUGGUCUGCGCAUCCCGCUGCCUCCAUCCUGGAGGGAGAGUCCACGAGAUUCUGGAGAGGGUGAUACUACCAGCCUCCGCCUGCUCUGCAGUGUCAUUGGUGGCACUGACCCAGCACAAUGGGAGGAUAUCACUGGCACAACCAAGCUUAUAUAUGCUAAUGACUGUGCCAAUUUCACCACCAAUGUGUCUGCACGUUUUUGGCUAGCAGACUGUCCCCGGACUGCAGAAGCAGUUUCCUUUGCGAACUUGCUGUACCGCGAGCUGUCAGCAGUGCCAUACAUGGCUAAAUUUGUGGUGUUUGCAAAGAUGAAUGAGGCGCGAGAAGGUCGAUUGCGCUGUUACUGCAUGACUGAUGACAAGAUGGACAAGACCCUCGAGCAGCAUGAGAACUUCACUGAAGUUGCCCGCAGCAGAGACAUAGAGGUAAUGGAGGGCAUGCCAUUACACUUGGAAUGCUCAGGUAACUUGAUCCCCAUAAGGAAGGCUACUCAACAGCCCCGAUGCUUCAGCUUCCAAGCCUUCAGAGACAAUAGACUUCCUGUCUCUGUGAAGGUAAGAGACAGUAGUAAAGACCCCUCUGGCUUCUUGUCUUUCCUACGCAAGUCUACCAAGUAUGAGGACAGUCAGCAAGUACUCUGCAACCUCAAUAUUACCAUGCCACCAUGCAUAAAGAUUGGAGGGGGUGAGGACCGAAGGAGGACACUCACCCCUUUGGCCCUUAGAGAGAGAUACAGUGCUCUCAAUGAACCGACUGUAGCAUCAAUGAGCGCCAUGGAAAGAACAGAGAUAAAGAUGGCUUUAACAGCUGAACAGCUGGGACUGAGCUGGGCUGAGCUAGCCCGAGAACUCCAAUUCAAUGUGGAUGAAAUUAAUAGGAUUCGCGUGGAGAACCCCAAUUCACUCCUGGAACAAAGUUCAACACUGCUGAAUUUGUGGAUUAGCCGUGAAGGCAAAAGGGCCAAAAUGGAGAGCCUGUUCAUGGCACUAAAGAGCAUUGACCGAAUGGACAUUGUGAACAUGCUGGAAGGUCAACAGGGUAACCAGGAACAAGAAAGGCGCCGACACAAUGACCGAGACCACCUCUCUCUUGGCAUAUCAAAUGUGGACAUAUCAUCUGCAGCCUAGACUCUUCCUCCUCUACCUCCUCCUCCUCUGCAACUCUCUGA